CUUGUACAUUAUUAUUGUAGAUAUACACGAAUUGCUAUUAUUCAACGGUAAACUAUUAGUACCUAUAGUUUGUUCGGUCGACUAAUUAUGAUUAUAACGUUGAAAUCGUAGUCUUCAGAAGGUAAAAUGAUUUAUGAAGAUUUAAAAUCAAAAUUGGAUAAAAAUGGUUAUGUAGUAAUAAAAAAUUUUCUAAGUGAAAAGGAGACAAACGACCUAAAGGAUGCAGGAGAAAAACUCACAGAGAAUGUGCCGGCUGACGUUAAAACCGUGUUUGCGACUAAUCAAACAAAACAAGUGGCCGAUGAUUAUUUCAUUGAGAGUGCCGACAAAAUAUCCUUUUUUUAUGAAAAGGCCGCGCUAGACGACGACGGACGCUUGUUGGUCGACUCCUCGUUGGCGCUGAAUAAAGUCGGUCAUGCCUUGCACAGACUACACCCGACGUUUGAGGCGUGCACCUACAGCGACAAGGUGACAAACGUCUGUAGAUCUCUGGGCUUAUCGAAGCCGGUAGUGCCACAGAGCAUGUACAUCUACAAAAACCCCGGUGUCGGUGGCCAAGUCGUCUCACAUCAAGACUCAACAUUCCUCUUUACGACACCAGAUUCAUUAGUCGGAUUUUGGAUUGCCUUGGACGAUGCCACGGUAGAGAAUGGUUGUUUGUGGGCGAUACCAGGUUCACACAAUACUGACGUACACAAACGGCUUGUUCGUAACCAGGACAAGUGUGAAACGAAUCGAACAGUUUUUCAGGGAACGUAUCCAGAAUAUAAACAGUCAUUGUAUGUACCGCUAGCCGUCGAGAAAUCCAGUCUCGUAUUAAUACACGGUAAAGUGGUACACAAAAGUGAACAGAACAAGUCACAGUAUCCGCGACAUGCAUACACGUUCCAUGUAUUUGAUGAAGCAAUUAGCCAAUAUUCUGAACAGAAUUGGUUACAGACAAAAGUUGGAUUCAAACCCAUUUAUUCUAUAUAAAUAUUAUGAACAGAAAUAUAAUAAUUUUAUACGACAAAUCAACAAUUUUAUUCUGAAUACUUGGUGAAAAUUUCAGAUAUCUUGUUUUUGAAUUAUA